ACCCCGCGCCUCCGCCCCAGCGCUUUCGGCAUCGUGGCAGGAUGCGGCCGGCGCUGGCGGCGUGGCUGGUCCUGAGCCUGCUGGCAGGGAUGGGGGCCGAGGAGAUGUGCGGGGGCCCCCCCGCCGCCCUGGACCGCUCCAUCCCCGCGCCCCAGCUCAGCCCCGAGGAGCGGCUCUCGCCCCACAUGCCCGAAUCCCUGCGCUGCGACGCCUGCCACGCCAUCGCCUUCCAGAUUGAGGAGCAGCUGCACAGGGCGGAGGGGAAGGUGGGCAGGAAGGCGCUGAGCGAGUCUGACUACGUGGAGGUGCUGGAGCGGAGCUGCUCGCAGGGCUGGGAGAGCUACGGGGUGCAGGAGCUGGAUGGGGAGAAGCGGCUGGCGGGGCCGGGGAUGCCGAGGCAGGAGCCCAUGAGCGUGAUGGUGACGGGGGGACCCUGGCCGGGCAGGCUCUCCAAGAUGUGCCACGGCUACGUGGGCGAGCGGGGAGAGGCGCAGAUCUACGGGGCGCACCGUCGGGGUCCGGCCGCGCUGCGGGAGCUGCUGUGCCACGGGGAGAAGGGGGCCUGCGCCGGCGGCAAGGCCGGGGGGCCGGCCCCCCCCAAGGCGCUGCAGAACGAGCUGUAGCCCCGGCGAGGUUAAUGCUUAAUGCCCCGGCGACCUUCGGAGCCGACUUCGUCCCCAGCGAGAGCCAACACGUGCCGGGAGGUGGGCGCCUUCCCGGUGUCGCCCGUCACCGGCGUCGCGACUGCGCCUCGACGCCCAGCCCGGCUGUGCCCAGGGGCAAGGGGGGGGGGGGAUGCCAACAGCGGCCGGUGCCCCGCACCGCCAGACCCCCCGCCAGCCGGGAAUUACUCUGUAACCCGCCGGCUCUAAUGUUUUACCACCGCCGCGCUCACACCCCGGCCCCGCCGGUGGUGCCAGCCCUAAUUAAAGGAGUUAAUAGCU